AUGGAAGGUUUAUUGAAAGAGACUCAGAAAAGUAAAACUAGUAAAAGGAAAGUAAGUUUCAACGAAGAGGGUACUGAUGAGUGUGAGGAUGCAAUUGAUGAAGCAAUAGCGCAAGAUGAACAACAAACUCCGAGUCAGUUACCAACUAAGGAGGUUAUUGGAGGCCAUCCAAAAAAGAAAGCAAAAACCAUUAUUCCUCCUAUGUUUGCACCAAGAACAACUCCGGGAAGUCAACCAAGUCUGAAAAGCGUGUUUCAAAACAAAGAGGCGCUUCAUGAAGUUGAUAAGCGAGUGGCUAGAUGGCUUUUGGAUUGUAGGAUUCCUUUCAAUGCGGUUAUGUCACCCUUUUUUCAAGAUAUGUUGGAUGGUGUUUCUGGCAUUAGGCCUGGUUAUAAAGGUCCUUCUUAUGAUACAUUGAGGGUUAACUUAUUAGCCGAUCUCAAAAGGGAGUGUCAAAUGGUUGUUGAUAGCUAUAGGUCUGCUUGGAAAGAAACUAGAUGUACUCUCAUGGCUGAUGGUUGGACAGAUCAAAGGCAAAGAACAUUGAUUAAUUUUUUGGUUUAUUGUUCGAAAGGGUUGUGCUUUGUGAAAUCUGUAGAUGCCUCAAGUAUGGUUAAAAAUGCUUCAAGCUUGUGUGACUUGUUUUCAGAGGUGAUUGAAUGGAUUGGGCCUGAUAAUAUUGUUCAUGUAGUGACAGAUAAUGUCGCGAAUUAUGUUGCUAUUACCGUGUUUGUGUAUAAUCAUAUGGUGUUCUUGUCCUGGCUAAGACAAAGAACUGAUUGGAGAGAGAUUGUUCGUCCAUGUGCAACUCGUUUUGCCACUGUCUUCCUCACAUUGAUGAGUAUCUUUGAGCGCAAAUCGGAUUUACAAUCAUUGGUUGUUGAUACACACUUUACCGGACACAAAUUAGGAAGGAGUGCUAAUGAUGCCGAUAAUAAACCAUCAUUGGGGAUUGUUUAUGAAGGUAUGCUGAGGUCAGAAAAUGGAAUCAAAGAAAUGUUCAAGCAAAGGAAGACUGCAUAUCAACCUUACACAGAGAUUAUCAACUCAAGAUGGGACAAACACUUGAAAAAAAGUCUUCACGCAGCAGCUUAUUUCUUAAAUCUUGCUUGCUUUUUUUCUGAAAAUUAUAGAGAAGCACCUGAUGUCAUGCGAGCUUUACUUGAUCUUGUUACAUUGCAUUGCAAGGUUAAUAAUUUAGAUUCAUUUGAGAUGAAUGGUGGAGAUGAGAUUGAUGCUGAUUUAGAUCAAGGUGGUGGUGGUGGUAGUAGUAGUACAUUUUAUGCUGCACCACUUGCUUUUUCUGGUCCAAAUAGUGGAAAUGAAGGCGAUGAAAUCAAUGACGCAAAUCUGCAGCAAGUUAUGGAGGAUUUUGAUGAUUGA